AUGGCUGAAAUUUGUCAUCAGUCUGAUGACAACGAAGUUUUAAUGUAUAUUGUGACUGAUAAAGACUUGGACGUAAGACGUUAUAACGAUGCUGUCACCACUGACGUAGCGGCUAUAUUUCGGGCAAGGGAUGGGGAACCUCCAGGGGAACGUAAUUUAAUAGUUUACUCAAAAUCACAUGGAAUACGAAGAGUUUCAGUUCUUGAGCCUUCUUUAGAUCCGAUGGCAUAUCCACUUUUGUUUCCAGGGGGUGACAGUGGAUGGAAUCCUGGAAUGUUGCAUGCUCCUGGGACGUCAAGACAACGCAACAGAUUAACGAUGUUACAGUACACUUCGUAUAGACUUGCUAUCAGAGAUGAAUUAAGUAUACUGCAUAGGUCCCAAAAACUUUUCUUGCAAUGGGUGGUGGAUAUGUACGUAAGGAUCGAGGGAACAAGAUUAGAUUUCAUUCGAAACCAUCAAAACCAACUUCGAGCUGAUUUGUACUUGAACGUCUGUGACUUUUUUCACGAUCGUGUUGAAAAUCAGAACCAUCGUCUUGGGAGACAAGUAAUUUUACCAUCUUCAUUCAUAGGCUCGCCACGCAACAUGAAUCAAAACUACCUUGACGCGAUGGCUAUAGUUCAAAAAUUUGACAAACCGUCAUUAUUUAUUACAGUUACGUGUAAUCCCAAAUGGAUCGAGAUUGUACAAAACUUGAAACCUGGAGAGUUACCUCACUUUAGACCUGAUUUAGUUGUAAGAGUUUUUCACACUAAACUCAAAGAGUUAGUAUCUGACAUGAAAAACCAAAUAUUUGGAAAACCUGUAGCUUUAAUAUACACUAUCGAAUUCCAAAAACGGGGAUUACCACACGCACACAUAUUGUUGACGUUAGACGAGGAAGACAGAAUUCAAGAUGCCGAAACAAUUGAUCAAAUUGUACAUGCUUAUCUUCCCGAUAAAGAACGUUACCCAAUGCUCUUUGAAAAAGUGAAGAACCAAAUGAUUCAUGGCCCAUGUGGCACUUUGAAUCCUCGGUCACCGUGUAUGAAGGAUGGCGAAUUCAGUAAAAGAUUUCCUAAAGAUUUUAAUGAAACCACUAGGGAAAAUGUUAAUGGAUAUGCUGUAUAUAAGAGACCUGACAACAACAACACUGUAGAUGUUCGAGGAACCGACACGCUGCUGCCCAUGAUACAGCAAUACAUCGACCCAGAGACGUACAUCUGUAGCGAUCUAAGGCGGGCCUACAACAGGGUCGGUGAAGUAUUUGCAGGUCAUGGCGCUGUCAACCAUAGCACCAACUUUUUGGACUCUCCCCGGGAACAGGACCCAUUUUGGGUGCAAGAGGGAAGGUUCGAUGAAAGAUGUCUUGACCACCUGUUUGUAGGUCCAAUGCUGGAGAAGUUGCAGGGUCAACGUCCAUUCAGGGUGCACACGCAGACCAUCGAGAAUACAUGGAAGUGGCUCAAGGACAUCCUCCGUGGCGUCAAUGACAGGACCCUCGUCCAUCAGAGUGGAUUUACCGGCACAACGUCCUGA